AUGGCUAUUAAAAACCCUUUACGUAAACUUUCCUUUGAGACUAAGGGAUGGAUCACACUUUUCUCAGGAUUUUGUUUGCACUUUGUUCUAGGUACUUUCUAUCUAUGGGGAAGUAUUAGCACAUACACAGCUUCUUAUCUAUAGUAGAACGGAUAAAACUAUAAUGCAGAAACUGUUGGUGCUGUAUUUCCUUUCACCUAUCUUUCAUUGAAUUUAGGAACUCCUAUAGGUGUUUACUUUGCUUCGAAAAUUGGAUUUAAUCCUUUCAUCUUUAUAGGUAGCAUUCUUAUUGGAAUUUGCACUAUUGUUAGCUCUUAUGUGAUAGACAUAUUCCCUCUUUUUGUUCUAUUUUAUGGAGUCCUCUUUGGGUUUAUCAGCGGCUUGCUUUAUAUGCUUCCUUUUAAUUCAUGCUACUUAUAUAUGCCUCAUAGGAAAGGUUUAGUUAGCGGAGUCAUAGUUGGUGGUUUUGGGUUUGGGUCAACUGCGUUCAUCUGGCUGAUAUAUUCUAUAGUUAAUCCUCACAAUGCUAAGGCAACAGACUUAAUCAAUGGUGCUAAAUACUUUUCUAAAGAUAUCACUGACUAAUUCCCUGAUUCACUUAGGGUUUUGGGUAUUGUUUAAAUUUUUAUUGGAAUAUUUAGCAGCUUCCUUCACAUAAGACCUACAUAAGAAGAAUUAAAAUAAUAAGAAGAAAAAAAUAAGAUCAGAGCAAUAAACUAAAACUGCAUAGAAGAACUUCAAUAGCAAUAAUUUAUACUUAUCAAGGCUUAAAGCUCUAUUGAAACUCAAACAAAUUAGAACAAUUAAAAUCAAGCUAUUACUGAAAUGAGAGGUACAGCAACUGAAUCUGAGAUUUUAAGAACAGGAACUAUUCCAUAAGAAAAAAAUAAUUGCUAAGCUUUUGAAUAAAACUUAGAUUAAUAAAAAAUUGUUGAUAAUUAAUCAUAAUUAGCAGCUUAAAAAGGUGCUAAAAAAAAUCAAAAUGAAGAAGUUUAUCACGAAUUUUAAACCAUGAAAGAAGGAUUAAUGACUAAAUUUAUAUAUAUCACUGUUGCUUUGGCUUUGAUGUACACUAUUUUCGGAAUUUUGAUCAUUUCAAAUUACAAGGUUUAUGGUGAAUAUUAGAAUUAUACUGACAAUUUUUUGAGUACAGUUGGUACUGUAGGAAGUGUCUUUAACGGUUUGGGAAGAUUCUUCUGGGGAAGUCUUAUGGAAAAACUAACGAUUCGAUAAAUUAUUAUCAUCAACCUCAUUUUUUAGAUCAUAGUAAGUUUCACCUUUAGUUGGGCAGCUCAAAAUGCUGCUUUGUACUUAAUUUAUGUUGUCUUAGCUUACUUCCUUUACGGAGGUUGGUUCUCUAUUUUCCCUACUUUGGUUGCUAGAGUGUAUGGCAAAAAGAUAGGAACUUAAAUUUAUGGAAUUACUUUUUUUGGUUACACAAUUGCUUCUUUCCUUUAAUACUUUGUUCUUAUAGAAAUCAAAAAUGCUGCUGGUUGGAGAGCUACUUUCUGGAUCUUCACUGGUAUCUAAAUAUUUGCUAUUAUCAUUUCUCAAUUUGUAAAAUUCAAUUCUGUUCCACCAUAAAAAUAAAAGGAGUUCAUAUAAGCUGAAAUUGAAAAAUAAAAAAGUAACGAAAUAAUGUAAUUACCUUGA